AUGACAAGAACAGAAACACUGGACCCUGAACGCGUCCUCGACCUAGCGACCAAAGCUCUUGGCGAGGGGCAGCCGAGUCUCAAAACACCCUAUGAAGCCGUCGCGCUGAUCGGACAUACCUGUAUGGUGGCAGUGGGCUUCAGGUUGGUGGGACUCGGAGAAGACCACAAUCUAGCAUCAUCUACAGACAGCCCCGCCCUCCCCGCAGAAUGGAACACUAACGAUACAUUUGCCUUCCGAUACGCGCACGAGCAAUCAUCCAUGCAAUACCUGCUCAAAGUGAGCAGACUGGGUGGCAACGUCGUUAUAAAUGCGCUGGCUUUAGGCGAUGAUCGCACCAGUUCCUUCGACCUCCCAGUGAAAGACUAUAUCUCCGGAUCUGCAGUUCCAUUGCCCGCCACAGAGAACAUCGCCGGUGCCCUGCAGGAUGUAUUCAUCUCCUCUGCGCGACUAAAUGAUCUGAUCGGAUUAUUCAAAAUCAAUGUGAUUCAAAAAUUGGCGCCGGGACUAUACAAGGAAGGAUACGAGGAUACCAACCGCCACAUUCGGCCAGAGGCAGAACCACGACAUGAUCCCCUCCGCGAAGACUUCCCACAACCCGCACGUCCAUACCCAUUCAAUGAUCCCCUAGCUGCAGGACCGCGCAUGCCAAACCCACCGGACUUUGCCCCACCCGGAUUCGAGGAUGAAUUUGAGAUCCACCGGCCCCCUCGUGGAUACCCUCAAGGUCUAGGCGGAGGAAGAAGUCCCUACAAUAUCGGAGACAGAGAUCUAUACCCCGCUGGAAUGGCUCCCCACGAUCCUCUCCGGGGGGUCCAUGGGCCCUGGCUUUGGGGGUGGGGGUGGUAUGCAUCCCACCUUUGA